CAGCCGUGUCCACCAGGUCGCCAUGGAGCUGCCCCCAGGGCUGUACGAUGAUCCUCGUGCCUGGGACGAUGACUCAGACGUGGAGCCUGAGCCUGACCUCGACGCGCAGGCUGAGGCCUACGUGGCCCGCGUCCUCAGUCCUCCAAAAACUGGGCUUGUGCCCCCGCGCUCCUCGCCACUGCCCACGCCCUCUGCGUCUCCGAACUCCCAGGAGCCCCGUGCUGCAUCCAAGGUCUCAGCAGUGGGUGUGCCGGGUCUGCUGAGCCUUCCUCCGGAGCUGCUGCUCGAGAUCUGCUUGUACUUGGACGCGCGCCUCGUGUUCCACGUCCUGCCGCGCGUGUGCCACGCGCUGCGCGAACUCGUACGUGACCGUGUCACCUGGAGGUUACGUGCGCAACGCCGCGUACGUGCGCCCUAUCCAGUGGUGGAAGAGGAGGACUUUGACUGGCCAGCAGCCUGCAUUGAGCUGGAGCAGCACCUGGCUCGCUGGGCAGAGGAUGGGCGCAGGGCCGAGUACUUCUGCCUGGCCGAUGGGCACUUUGCUUCCAUUGACUCAGUGCUACUGCUUCAGGGUGGGACACUAUGUCUGUCAGGCUCCCGAGAUCGCAACGUCAACCUAUGGGACCUGAGGCAGCUGGGGGCAGAGCCCAGCCAGGUUCUGGUCAAAACCUUGGGCACCCAACCAAACAGCACCCACAAGGGCUGGGUGUGGUCGCUGGCGGCUCAGGACCACCGAGUGUGCUCUGGCUCCUGGGACAGCACGGUGAAGCUCUGGGACAUGGCAGCUGAUGGGCAGCAGUUUGGCGAGAUAAAGGCCAAGGCAGCUGUGUUAUGCUUGUCCUACCGUCCUGACAUCUUGGUGACUGGCACCUAUGACAAGAAGGUGACCAUCUACGACCCCAGAGCUGGCCCGGCCCUGCUGAAGAGCCGGCGGCUGCACUCUAGCGCUGUGUUGGCACUGCUGGCAGAUGACCGGCACAUCAUCUCGGGCAGUGAGGAUCACACCCUGGUGGUGUUUGACCGCCGAACCAACAGCGUCCUACAGCGGCUGCAGCUGGACUCCUACCUGCUCUGCAUGUCUUACCAGGAGCCCCAGCUCUGGGCUGGUGACAACAAAGGCCUGCUGCACGUCUUCGCCAACCGUGAUGGUUGCUUCCAGCUAGUCCGGUCCUUCAAUGUGGGCCACAGGUCUCAUAUCACAGGUAUCAAACACUCACUGGGGGCCUUGUAUACCACGUCCACCGAUAAGACCAUCCGGGUACAUGUACCCACAGACCCACCAAGGACUAUCAGCACCCGAAACCACCAUGAUGUGCUGAAUGGGAUCUGUGCUGAGGGCAACUUGGUGGUAGCUGCCUCUGGGGGCCUGUCACUAGAGGUCUGGAGACUGCAAGCCUGAGCAGGUGGACAUGGACUUGUUGAUGUGGAUACUGCCAGCCAGCAGGCUGAGUCUCAGCCGCUGUUCAUAGGGGACCUUCCCCUGUGUUGGUGCUGCCUUUGACCCCACUCUGCAGGCCCAGGGCACAGAGUCCAGGCCAUGACCAGAUGGUGGUGGGGGUGUCUGGGCUGGGCCCCAUGCCUGUGGAGGUGAAGUUAGGAUUCUGGCUCACCUAGGGAGCUGUUUCCCAUCCUUGAGCCAUAGUAUUGCCACAAUUUGGAUGCCCCACACUCUGUUGAGAGUGAAGGAGAAAUAAACCUGACUGAUGUGUUGGUA